AUGGCCUCGUCCAGCUCCAUCAUCACGGAAGCUGUCACGACCGACACGAUCCCUAUCAGCCGCCAUGUGAGGAUUGCAGGCGGAAUAGCGAGUCAUGCCUUGGAGAGGAGCUCCGAGGCGCUGCGCGGGCUGGCGCUCCAAGGCGGGAGCAGCAGCAGCGACAACAUCGGCGUGAAUGCGGAUCGACACCUGGGCGGCGGCGCGAUUGCUGGAAUCACCAUCGGUGCGGUUGUUGCGGUUGCACUGCUGGCCAUCUGUCUCUAUCCGUGCUUCCUCUAUUUCAAACGUCGUCGAAGCGGCCAGUUGCAUCCAGCAUUCGAUGCCGAGGCAGGCAUCGCUCCCAACACUGGCCACCGCAGCAGCGCCUCCGGCGGAGCAAACACACCUCCCAAGCGCCUCUCGUCGAGCGACUCGUAUAAGCACCGGGGCGACUUGACACGCGGGGGAGAUGGAGAUGGAGGAAGCGCCGACUAUGGCAAUUGGGAGGCUCCCGUCGACGGCGGCAUCAACAAUGGCUACUCUUUCCCUCUCAACGCGGCAUAUCUGCAACCUGGGGAUCCCGGGUUCGUCGACAGCAACAUUGCUCAAGAACAUCGAGUCAAGGCCCAGCCGUUUCCGCUGCUGGGAUGCGAAGAUGGCGAGUUUGCACCGCCGAUAGACGAUGACCAGCCCGGCGUGCUCAAGGGAACCAGCGCCGACUACUACAGCCCCCAUAUCCCCUCUGAGGCCUUUGGCAUGGUUACGCAGCCCGACGCGGCGCUUGACUCGCCCGUCCAGCCACCCUCUUCUCGUUCCAGCUCUCUUCGCCAGAACAUGAUGCAGAUCUUCCGCCGCAAGACGGGCAGAGACGCAACCAUAGACUCGACUAUCUCACGAACAACCAUCACAGAAGGAGCCGCAUCUUCUCACCUUAACGGUGCCACUCCGCUGCAGACACUUAUAACGACGGGUGACCGAGUCGAGUCUCCCACAAACCUAUCGGCUGCCUCCCUACCCCUUUCGCGCUCGCCCUCACAUCACCAACCCCACGCUGAAGCCGCGCCUGGAGCAAGCCUAGCGCCGGUCAGCCCGCCCACCAGUAAUGCACCGGAGCCCUCCUCCAAGGCUACGCCUCCAGAGUCACCCCCGUUUCCGACAUAUCACCAGUUCCGAAAAUCUCCCUCGCCGCCUGUUGCUGCUCCCGGAACCGUAAACCCCAUGGACAUUAUGCCCGCUUCUACAGAAACCGAGGUCUGGCAUAGGACCGAGCACCAGCUCUACGAGGCCUUUCACAAGGUGUCGACAAGCGACCCGGUCUCGGUCCCGGCGCAGGAUGCGUCAUCCACCAUGCCGUCCCCUUCUCCAACGCCUCCCGAAACGCAGCCUCAGCCAAUAUUCACAAUACAGUCCCCGGGCGAAACCAGUCACACCGGACUCACUCCCGAUCACAUCAUCAUCACCAACACCAACGCUAAUACUCACAACGACAAAGCCGAUCCCCAACGCGAUAAUGGCGAUGUCGCUAUGCUAGAUGCAACUCUUACUCCGAACCACGACCACAGCUUGGCAGCCCCAGACGGCCGACACCCGAGCUACCCCUCCGACCAUUCCACUCCGCUCCCCGGCCCUUCCUUUACCGAUGUUUCAUCACAGAACACGCCCUCGACUCAAUUAGAUACCCCCUCCCCCGAGUCCAUGGGAAGUUCUGAUUUCCGACACAGCGCGUCGCCACACUCUGGUGCUGGCAGCCACUCCCCCAGGACUGGAGCCUAUCGAUGCGAUGAGCCGGGCUGCAACCAGUCCUUUGAUCAGCCGCACAAACUUAAGCAUCAUCAGCGAUAUCAUAGCAAAGACCACAAGUGCCCGUAUGCUGGCUGCGGCAAAGGUUUUGGCACCAAGACUCAUCUGCAGAGGCACAUCAAUGACCGGCAUGAGAAGAAGAAGAAGUUCCAUUGCUCUGUUGUUGGAUGCGACUACUCCAGAGCAGGGGGCAAGGCUUUUCCUAGAAAAGAUAACUGGAAGCGACACAUGAUCAAGAUACACAAUAUCGAACAGCAGCAGCUUCCGGAGCCGAUUGAGGUCGAUAUGGAUCUGGACGGAAUAUGA